GCAAUCGAAAGGAGAAAAGUAGGAAGGGAAACUUCAAUUUUUUUUCUUAGUCAGCCAAAUUUGGCCAUCUGGGACUCUCCUCCGUCCGGUCCCGUCGUCCUUCCUGCACCCAGCCAAGUGAGACAUUCGUCUCCAGAAAUCUAGUCGGGAUCUGGUCUUUUUUUUCCCCCCAAGGAGAGUCAACAUGGCGAGCCCCCUGUGGUUUGCAGUGGCGGCCCUGAUCCUGAUGUCGCAUAGCGUGAUUUCCCAGCAAAACGUCUGCCAAGCGCCCAAAGGCAGAGACGGGCACCCGGGAGCCCCUGGGCGGAACGGAAGAGCAGGCCAAAAAGGAGACAUGGGCGCCCCAGGGUUGGGGACCCGGAGCAGCGGAAUCCGGGGCCCGAAAGGCGAACCUGGGGAUCCCGGUCUUUCGGGAGAACCAGGAAACCAAGGGGUUCGAGGUCCGGGGCCCCCGGGACCCCCUGGAGAAGUGGGGGACAGGGGUCCGAAGGGCCAAGUCGGAAACAUCCAAGAUCAGCCCAAGACCGCCUUCUCGGCUUCUCGCAAGAACCCUUCUCCGGUGUCCCCCAAAACCGUGGUUUUCGACCACAGCAUCACUAACCAAGAUAACGCCUACAGUACCCAGACGGGGAAAUUUACCUGUAGGGUUCCGGGGUAUUAUUAUUUCACCUAGGUGGUCUCCAAAGGAAGCCUGUGUCUGGAUCUGAUGCACCGGGACAGUGCGGUGGCCACCUUCUGCGACCAGAGCCAGGGUCUCCUGCAGGUCAACUCGGGGGGCAGCGUCCUAAACCUGGCUCCAGGAGACCAGGUGUGGCUGGACAGCAACCCGCCAGGUGCGGCCAGCAUCUACAGCGAGACGGAUGCCGACAGCGUCUUCAGCGGCUUCCUCCUGUUCCCCACCAAGGCUUGAUCGAGCUCAAGGAGCGGGUUGAAUGCAAUGCUUUGCUCGCCUACGCUACCCCUGCGAGGGAGGACGGGUCCCCUCGAACGACAGGUGUGGGGGGGUGUCCGGUGUUUCCUCCGUGGAGGGGCGGAUCCUUCUUGCUGCCCAAUAAAAUCUUGUCAAGAUUGAAAAGGCAAA